AUCUUCUGGGCACCCACACAUCUCUCUCCUGAGGCUCGCGAAGGCCUGUUGGAAGGCUGGCGCACUCGUCUUCAAGGUCUCCUAAACGAGGCGCCUCUCGCCUUCCCACCUGCAGACAUCUUUGACAAGGGGAAAGGCUUUCAACUGAAGCCUGAAGUCCGGGAGAAGCAGGCUGAUUCCCCUUUUGGUCUCACUGUGGGUCACCACCUGGAGAAACCGCUGCCACCCCAAAGCCAGAUGAAAGCUGGG